CCUUAGGUCAUUUCCAGUUAUGUCGUCUGCAUUGUUUUUGGUCGUGCAAAAUAUACGCAGUUGAAGGUUCUUCAAUGCCAAGUUCAGAGGAUAACUCUCCUUCAAGUUUAUUUUCCAAAAUAACAGAGGUUUUAGAUUCCAAUGUUAGACUGACAAGGAAUUUGUUGUAUGGCAUUGGUCUGGUAGGGUUCCUCGUUGCUGUCAAGAAUUCAGGAUUGACACACAUAAUUGCCAGUUCAUCAGAUAUCCCUGCCAGUUUCAUCACAAGGAAAGUCCGAGUAAGGUGUUUUGUGGAAGCAAUAGGAACUCGUGGAAUAGUUCAUGUGCAGCACAGACCUUUCCUUAAUAUCAUACCAACUAAAUGGAGACCAAAAAGUCACGUUCAACUAGAGUUAGCCUUAGUGGACUUGUCACCAUUAGGAGGCAAAUGGCUCCAAGACACCAUAGACCAAAAAAUCAUCUGGUUUCAGCCUCUCUUGAUCACUGAAUCUAUUGUCCAGGCUCACAUCUUUCACCGCAAGUACAUAAGACUUCAUAGUAUAAAUGCAACUCUAAUUGGACAAGGCAUUUGUAAAGUCAAGGAUUUGACCCCAGAACAACUCUCCUCUUUGUCAGCACCAGAAGACGAGUUACUGCGAAUGCUGUUACAACAUCAAAUGAUUGCAUCACAAAAGGAAAGAGGAAUGUGGAAAAUCAAAGAUGAACCAACAAAAUGGACACCUAUUUCCACAAUCAAACACAUUAUCUCAUCCACUGUACAUUUGUGGAGGAAGAUCAAAAGAAAAUUCUCCAAAAAGUGAACAAAAAUGUACAUGUAAAUCAUAUUGCAUGGUUAAUGAAUUAGUUAAUGUAUUUUUCGUUGUGUACAAUUUGAGUACCAGUAUGACUGUGUACAUGCAGUGUGAAUUUAAGUGGGUCGUGCUGUAUUUUUGGUUGCUGGAGUAUUAUUUUAGCUACUGGUAAUUAGCGUGAUAUUGUUUAUUAACAUGAUUAUUUUUGGAUCAGAAAAUUUCAAAAUACAGUCAAACUUCGUUAUCUCGAACUAGAUGGUACUGUUUAAAAACUGAGAUAUCAAAGUAUUCGAGAUAUCGAGAGUAGAAUACUUAAAAAAUAAGUAGUUAGGACUUACAAAUCACUUCGACAUAUCCAUUGUAUUCGAGAUAUCAGUGUUCGAGAUAUGGAAGUUUAACUGUAGAGGAAAAAUAGCUGUCUGUUAACGUUAUAUCUCUUAUUAUUUGAGUGUGGAUAUAUUUAUUUUAUUUAACAUAUAUAUGAAACUUUGAGAGUCUUGCAACUUGCAAAAUAUAGUUUUCAAUAAUGAUUUUUAAGAUUGAAAGUAUUCUAUAGUACGGUAAACAUAUUUCUUUGUGUUUGUAAGGUAAUGUUUAAUGCCUUCAAGAAUCUCACCAAUGCUCACUGUGUCAGCUGCAGUUAUAGAUGUCAACUCUAAAAUGAUCUGUAACAAACCAAGAUUGGAAAAUAUUAUAAGAAGCGAUAAUCUUAAUUUUUAAGCCUCUUUUGCUCUGCAUCUUGUCCAUUAUUUCAAGAAAUUAGAAUAACUGGCUGUGUAAGCUUUGCUUAAAUACUCAGGUGCAAUUUGUUAAAAGAUGCUAGUAUCAAAUAAUGUGAGCGAUUAAUGGCUUUUAUUAUCUAUAUAAGUAUGAUCUUACAAUAAAAUAAACCUUGACCUGAAAAAUAAAUAUAAUUCUAACUCUUAUCACUUUAAGCAACAUGUUUACUGUAAGCAAGUUUUGCUUCUACCGUAUCUUGUUUACAAAGUUUUAAAUUAGGCACAAGUAUUUGCCAACAUGUUGCAGUCACUUUCUGGGUCUGAGCCUAUUACCGGGUAU